AUGUCGGACACUUCAACAAAUUCGACAAGCGCUUUACAAUGUCCCGUUGACCAUCAAAAAUGGCAAGCCGCUACGUCUUUGCCUUCCAUUAUAAAUAAUGAGAGGAAAGGAUGUAGUAGCGACACGUUGAUAAAUACAUCGAAUAAUAUGCCAUUAAAGCCGAACCAAAAACCAGUGGAAGGACAACGUAUUCCCCUUGACACUUCACGCGAACAUUCAAGUAUUCCGUGUGUUAUUCCCGAAAGUACUACUUCGAAUCGAAUUGGAGAAAAUAAUAGUGAGAAAGUAUGGAUAUACCCUUCAGAACAAAUGUUCUAUAAUGCAAUGAAACGUAAGAAUUGGGAUCCCAGAGAAGAAGAUAUGCGUGUUGUUGUGCCAAUGCACAAUGCAGUGAAUGAAAAGGCAUGGAAAGAAAUCUUAGAUUGGGAAAAACUACAUGAAAAUAAAUGUGGUGGACCGAAAUUGGUAAAGUUUCAAGGUAAAGCAAAAAGUAUUACUCCGAAAGCUAGAAUAUUUAAUUUGUUAGGACACGAUUGGGUUGUUGAUCGUUGUGGAAAACAAGUGACAUACGUAAUCGAUUUUUAUUCUGGACAACCCGAUCCAAAAUUGCCUCAAACAGUCAGUUUUUAUUUGGAUGUUCGCCCAGCUUUUACUUUUGGUGGAGCCAUAGAAAGAUUACGAAGGUGGACAUAUGAUUUAAAGAUGAACUGGAUGAAUUAA